AAUAUUAUUUUAGAAAAUCUGAUCAUAGAAAUUAUUAGUUGUUAGUAAUUAAAGAAAUUAAAGUUAUAAUUUGGGAAAGUGAAGUAGGGAACAUGUGACGACGAGACGGGGCCGCAGGGUGAGUGGUGACUGACGAAGUUGAAUCAGUGCACUUAGCUGAGGAAUGUGCCAACGGAAGACAGACCAACGAUCGCUUCCGGAAAGUAUCCUAUACUUUGUAUUACUUUUCUUUAUUUUCUAUUUCUAUUUAUUAUUUUAAUUAUUUAGACCCGACGUCUCUUUGUAAAACUGCUGAGAUGUGAAGCUCAUUUAUCAAAAGAAAAACCCAUACUCUUCUCUUCAUUUGCUCUGUUUCGCUCUGUUUUCCGGAAGUUGUAUGGUUGAUCUUGAUCGAUUGCAGUUACAGAAAGAAAAUGGGGCUCGUCUUUUUCGCCAAGAAAGUUGAAGAAGUCGUUGAAGGCGCUGAAGGAUCGAGAUGGAGAAGGCCACCAGCCAUGGCCAUAAACAAUGAGCUGAACGACAUAGUCUUCUCGUGGUCCAUCGAAGACAUCCUCAACGAAAACCUCUACAAGAACCAGGUGGAUGAGAUACCAGAGAGAUUUCCUUCGGUGGAGAACUAUCUCGGGUCAUUUGUGUACCCUUUGCUGGAAGAAACGCGAGCUGAAAUAUGCUCCGGGAUGGAGGCGAUCUCUACUCUACCUUAUGCCAGAGUGAUGCGAUUCGAGGAGUGCAGGCCCCAUGGGAAGAAUUUUUAUGAAGUUAAGGUCGAUUUCUGGAUAAACAGAUCGAGCAAGGGGGGGAAGGAACCAUACAAGAUGUUGCCAAGAGACGUAUUAAUUUUAACUGAUUCAGUACCGGAAACAGUUUCCGAUCUGCAGAGGAUGGGAAGGACAUGGGCAUUUGCAUCUGUUACUAAAAUCUCCGAUGACGAGAGUGAAGGAGAUUUCGCAUCGGUAUAUUUUAAAGUAGUCACAUGGAAGAAAAUGGGAGAUAUAAAAUUGGAAGAGAGGCAGUUAUUUGCCAUUUCAUUGGGUGUGAACUUGACUACUCACAUAAGGAUAUGGACGGCUUUGCACUUGAGUCGUAACUGGAAUGUCCUAAAGGAAGUUUUGUGCACUGAUUCUUCGGGUGAGGAGGAAUGCAGUCUCUGCACUGUCCCGAGUGAUGAUUUUUGCAGAGAGAAUCUCACAGGGAACUUAUUGAACCAUCUGAACGAGAGCCAAGCGGAAGCAAUCCUUACAUGUCUUCGUAAGAUCCGCUGUCGGCAUAAGCCAGUGCUGGAACUCAUAUGGGGCCCACCAGGGACCGGGAAAACGAAAGUGACUGCUAUUAUGCUCUUGAGCCUCCUAAGAAUGAAGCGCAGGACUGUUGUCUGUGCCCCCACCAAUGUUGCUGUAAUUGAAAUUGCCUCUCGGUUGGUACACCUCAUGAGAGGGUCAGCUUCCUUAGGAGAUGUUCUUCUCUUCGGAAACAAGGAGCGGCUCAAGGUAGAAGACUUGGAAGUUGAAGACAUAUGCUUGCAUAAUCGUGUUGAGAGAAUCGCAGAAUGCACUGCCCCGACAACUAGGUGGAAGUAUUGCUUAUCUUCUGCAAUAACCUUUCUCAGUGAUCCUCUUCCUCAGUACAAUAUCUAUCUCAGAGAUGAACUGGAUAAGAGAAAAUCGUUAUUCGAGUUUUUGAGGGAGAGAUUUUUGUAUAUUGUGAAGCCCCUCGAGAGAUGCCUCUCUACCUUGUGUACUCAGUUCUUCGGGAUUCUCUUAACGGGCUGGAGAUCCCUUCCUUUAAGACUAACUUUCAAGCUGCACUCUCUGGAUAUGAAGCCGCCACAGUUGUUGGUGAUUAAUGAAGCUGCUCAGAUGAAAGAAUGCGAGUCAGUGAUUCCACUCCAACUUCUUGGACUUAGACAUGCUAUACUUGUUGGGGAUGACCGUCAAUUACCUGCUGUUGUAAUGAGUGAUGUUUCAAAAGAGGCUUGUUUCGGUCGAAGUUUAUUUGAGAGAUUGAGUUCCCUAGGAAAGCUGAAGCAUCCACUCAAUGUGCAGUACAGAAUGCACCCAUCAAUAAGUUGCUUUCCAAAUCGGACAUUCUAUGGCGGCCAAAUUCGCGAUGGCCCAAAUGUAAAGCAUGAAAGUUACUCAAGGCAAUAUCUACCAGGGCUGAUGUUCGGCUCAUUUUCAUUCAUAAAUGUUUCUGAGGGAAGGGAAGAGCGAGAAGUUGAUGGAUCAAGUCUGAGAAACCUUGUAGAGGCCGAUGUCGCUGCUCAGAUUUUGAGCGAUCUUUACAAAGCAUGGAGCUUGUCAUCGAAGGAGAAUCUCAGUGUCGGGAUAAUAUCACCUUAUGCUGCUCCGGUUGGCACGAUUAGUGAAAGGCUUGGCAAGAAAUAUGAAUAUUCUGAUGGCUUCACGGUCGCUGUAAACACAGUGGAUGGGUUCCAAGGCGGAGAGCAGGACAUAGUUAUCUUAUCCACUGUAAGAUCGAACCACCGGGGAUCUAUUGGGUUCUUGGCUAACCGAAAUCGAACGAAUGUUGCUCUAACCCGUGCAAGAUACUGUCUUUGGAUUCUGGGGAACCAAAGAACUCUGCGAGGGAGUUCAACAGUGUGGCAAGCAUUGCUUUGCCAUGCUAUCAAUUGUCGGUGUUUCUUCAAUGCAGACGAUGAUGAAGGAUUAGCAAAGACGAUCUUGGAAGCUAAGAGAAAGUACGAUCAGCUCGAUGAUUUGCUUACCUCAAACAACGUACUCUUCAGAGAUGCUAAGUGGAAGGUCAUCUUUAGCGAGAGCUUCCGUCAGCCUUUUUGGAAGUUGACGUCACGCCGCACAAGGUCAUUAGUGGUGAACCUUCUCAUGAAUCUCUCCAGUGGGUGGAGACCCAAGCGGAGAAAUGUCGACUUAAUCUGCAAGAGCUCCUCUCAGAUCAUAAAACAAUUUAAGCCUGAGAACCUCUAUAUCUUAUGUACAGUGGACAUCGAGAAGGAAAGCAAAUACAUCCAAAUCUUGAAGAUUUGGGAUGUAUUGCCCCUGGAAGAUACUGCAAAAACAAUCGAACGUCUCAAUGGUGUAUACAUGAGAUUCACUGAUGAAUAUGUCAGUCGUUGCAAGGAGAAGCGUUUUGAAGGAGAUCUCCAGGUUCCAAUUUCUUGGGAAACUCCAUUUGAUUUUCUCCGUCGGGGAAAUUCUUUGGGCAAAAAUAGCAAAGGCUCUCCAGAUUCUCAACUGUACGCAGAGCGUGCAAAGGUGAAGGACGGCUUGCUGUUGAUGAAAUUCUAUUCACUGUCAUCUGGCACAAUCAAUCACUUGCUAUCUGACAAAGAUGGGAAUGAAGUGGAGCUCCCAUUCGAAGUGACAAAGGAACAGCGCGAGAUAAUUCAGUUUCCACAAAGCACCUUCAUACUGGGAAGGUCGGGAACUGGGAAGACAACUGUUCUGACGAUGAAGUUGCUUCAGAGGGAGCAACUUCACCAAAUUGCUACGAGUGAUUACAGAAUCACUGGGGGUUCCAAUUCCAGGAGAGAGGAUUCUGAGGAGAUGCUUGAAGAGGCAAGCAAAUAUGUGUUGCGUCAACUUUUCGUUACUGUCAGCUCGAAGCUGUGUUUUGCUGUCAAACAGCAGCUUUCACAACUGAAAAGCUUUACCUGUGGACGAAACAUUUUGGCUGAGAGCUCUUCAACUGAUGUUGACUUCACCAACAAGGCAGACCAGUUCGAGGACAUUCCCGACUCUUUCAUUGAUAUUCCUCACAAAUCGUAUCCCCUUGUCAUAACUUUUACUAAGUUUCUGAUAAUGCUCGAUGGAAGCAUCGGUGUCUCAUAUUUCGAGAAAUUCCCUCUAUCAAGAGACAUAUGUCAGGAGAAAGUUGGAGCUGCAAGAUCACUUGCCUUGCAAGCAUUUGUACAAGAGAAAGAGGUCAACUACGAGAAGUUUUGUGCAGUUUAUUGGCCUCAUUUCAAUGAAAGGCUUACGAGAAAACUCGACCCUUCAAGAGUAUUUACAGAGAUAAUAUCUCACAUCAAAGGCAGACUCCAAGUGGGGAACUCUUGUAGUGGCAGGCUCAGCAGGACAGACUAUGUCUCACUCUCGGAUGGUCGUGGAUCACAUCUAACCCAGAAGGAACGGCAUAAAGUGUACGAUGUUUUUCUUGAGUAUGAAAAGAAGAAGUCGGAGAGGGGAGAGUUUGACCUUUCAGAUAUUGUGAAUGAUCUACACUCCCGUCUCAGAUGCAAAAAGAUAAGAGGCGAUGAUAUGGAUUAUGUUUAUAUCGAUGAAGUUCAAGAUCUCACUAUGAAGCAGAUCGAUCUUUUCAAGUACGUCUCUGACAAUGUUGAGGAGGGCUUUGUCUUCUCGGGAGACACUGCACAGACAAUCGGGAGGGGAAUCGAUUUUAAGUUUGAGGAUGUGCGGCGGUUGUUCUACAAUGAUUUUAUGCAGGAAGCUGAAGUUGGAGGGAAGAUCUCUAAGAUCUGUCAAUUGUCCCAGAAUUUCCGGACGCAUUCUGGCAUCCUCAAGCUAGCACAGAGCAUCACUAACCUUCUGUGCCAUUUCUUCCCAUCAUCCAUCGAUGUUCUGAGGCAAGAAACGAGCCACAUUUGCGGUGAAAGCCCGAUUUUCCUUGAGCUAGAGAUGAACCAAAACUCAGUAGUUUCUAUUUUUGGUGAGGGAGGGAAUGUUGCAGGCCUUGGGCCAGAGCAGGUGAUCAUAGUUCGUGAUGAUUGUGCACACGAGGAAGUUCUCGGGCUUAUUGGAAAGCAAGCCCCCGUUUUAACUUUAUCAGAGUGCAAAGGAUUGGAGUUUCAGGAUGUGGUGCUGUACAACUUUUUUGGUUCAUCGCCAAUGAAGAAUAAAUGGAGGGUCGCGCACGAGUACAUGAAGGGCCGGAAAUUGCUCGAUAACAGUUUCAUUGGUCGCUACCCACAGUUCAAACCAGCAAGGCACAACGGGCAGUUUGCGGGAGCGAUGUUGGAUUAUUGGAGGAAGCUCAGCCUCAUCCAAUGUGACACGGAGAAACUCGACAGCAGCAGACAUAAUGUGUAUACAACAUGGUUCCAAUGUGAGACGGAGAAACUCGACAGCAGACAUAAUGUGUAUACAACAUGGUUGUUAGAAUCAUGAUUCGAAUCAUAGAAUCAUAAGAUUCUACGAUUCAAGGGCUAGUUAGCGAUUCCGAUUCUAUUUCAUGGAUCGGGAAGGUAGAAUCGUGGCUGAAUUGCUAUUCGAAUCGCAGAGUGGUUUCAAUCCAAAGUCGUAUGUCCCCUCUCUCUCCCUCCUCAUCUCUCUCAUUGUGCGACAGUAUUGCUCAUUGGUUCUCUUAUUUUAUGAAAUGUUUGAAACUUGUCUCUUGACCGUAAGUGAUAGAGGACCUGGAAAGUUUCUGGAAUUGCUUCGAAUUGGGUUCCGGCCGAUCCCUGAUUGCGGUCAGGUUUGAGAUGAUUUAGGUUGGAAUUUCUUUCGACUUUUUUAGGUCCAGAGAAAGAUGAUUUCAAAAAGGGACAGACCAAGAAGAAGUUAGAGAGGAAAAGCUGCUUUGCCUACAAGAUCCGUGACCAUGGUACUAUGUCAAUUUUCAUUGAAGGUUGUUAUAGUGGGAGCACUCUCUUGUAAAGACUAAGCACCAUUUGAUUUUGAUGAACGAAGUAGGAGGCAGCAAGAUUUAUCAUUUGAUAUUUACUUCAACUAUUUCUGAUAUGGGAUUUGGUGCGUGUGUAUAUAUAUAUAUGCUAUUUUU